CAUGAAUCUGAGUAUUUUUACGGUUUAUGAAUGUUGAUGUGCAAUAAUAUGUUGCUUGCUUUCUAAGUGUUCUUGAGAAGGUAGGACUGGACAAAAUUGAACCAUCACACAUAAUGUCGUGAUCUCCAUUUUUUGUGCAGUUGCCUUUACAUUGCAGAUUUGUCCCCUUUGUUGGUAAUUAUGUCCCUUUAGGGGUUGUUCCCCCCUUAUAUGACUACACUAACUAGACUACUCUACUUGACAGCAGUAUCACUUAUUCUUCUUCAUUUAACAUCACAUUCCUCAUAUCUCAAUGAAGUGGAGACUAUUGGAGCUACCUACUGAAUGUAUGCAUUUGAGGACUUAUAGGCUGAACUGUAAGCAUCUUAUUCUGCAACAUUUAAAUUGUGUUUCAAUAGGUUGUUUUUGCGCCCAGCUGUUGGCUCCAUGGUGUAAGGAAUAUGAAUUGUGUGUUUGUAUUGACGUGACCGAGCUGUUGUCGGACAUGUUGGACAGCAGGCGACUCGACGCUGAUCGUGGGCGCCGAAAUUCUAGAUUGCAACGAAGAGCUAGGGUUUCGGGAUUAAAGCUGUAAGAAUGUGAAUCGUGUGUUUGUAUUGACAUUGAGAAGGGGCAUUUAUACCCACAAUUGUACAGGUUCAUGUAGGACAAGGAAACUUACGUCAAUAUGAGUACAGAUUUAUCCCUAAUACAUGGAACUUACCC